GGGAAUGGAACGUGAAUUUAAUCGAAUAAGGACGAGGUUAGAGAUGGAUUUGUCUCCAAUGCUCAAAGUCGUUGCCAUUGUCGGAAUAGGUGGUAUUGGAAAGACGACACUUGCUAGAAAGAUCUUCUUGAAUCGGCUAAAAUACAGACAAUGCAAGAGGACGAUGAUGAUGACGACCACGGUAAUAAGCUGGGGGAUUAUCUCGGCACUUGUCUUAAAAGCAAAAGAUAUCUCAUUGUAAUGGAUGGGGUGAGGGAUAUGGAGAUUUUCGACGCUUUGAAAAGAUGUCUUCCCCGCGAUGAUCAAACUAGAAGCCGCGUGCUUCUGACAACUCGGGACUCUGAGGUUGCGUGCCGCACAGGUUGUCUUAGCACGCUGCAUCGAAUGCGCUUCCUCCAUUUCCGCGAAAGUCGGAGACUAGUUGACCAAAGAGUUUUUGGAGCAGACCGUUGCCCCUAUGAAUUGAGGAGAAUACGAAACAAGAUUGUCCGAUGUUGUAAGGGACUUCCUCUGUUGCUCGUUGUGACCGGCGCUAGUUUGUCCAAAAUUGUUCGAACAAGACAAGUUUGGCUAAGUUUCGCGGAUAAUUUAGAAAUAGCCGCGAAAGACGAGGAUUGGUGUAUUGCUAUAUUGGGUUUAAGUUAUUACCACUUGCCUCAUCACUUGAGACCUUGUUUUCUCUACAUGCUGAUGUUUCCGGAAGAUUAUAACGUUCGUAGCGCUAAACUCUUUCGACUAUGGGCUGCCGAGGGCUUUGUCCGAUGCGAAAGUGCUAAAAGCAUGGAAGAAUUGGCGGAGGAAUACUUGGAAGAUCUAGUCGAAAGAAACCUCGUUUUGGUUGCUACCCGGGGCUCACAAGGCAAGAUAAAACGAUGCGCGAUCCAUGAUGUCCUAAGGGAAUUGUGUCUAGGCGAGGCGCGAAAGGAAAAAUUCAUUUUCAUCGUUAAUGCACAGGAAGAUGCUCUUCAACCCGACAUCCAAGAGUACCACAGGUUAAGUGUUUGCCACGACGUUUUGAGAGAUUGUCCGGACAUUAUGGAUAGCGUAAAACACAACGCCUCCAAGGCGCAUUCUCUCGUGUCUAUCGGAACCGAGCAUUCUACCCCGAAGCUCGACGAAUUUCGCUAUAAGCUGCUCAAAGUGUUGGAUCUACUCGCAUUGAAUUUUAGCACAUUCCCUUUGGAGAUAACCGAAUUGGUGAGUUUGAGAUACCUUGCUCUUACAUUCGGCGAAACGCUUCCUCCCUACAUUUCUCGACUCCAAAACCUUCGAACCAUUGUUCAUCGCAACACAUCUCCUUCGACGGGGAGCUACUUGCCGAUCGAGAUUUGGAUGAUGCCGAAUCUAGUGCAUGUACAUAUCCCGCCGGCUCAUUUAUCUACCCCGCCGUUUCGGACCAAUGCUCUAGCUCUAGAAACGCUUGCGGACGUGGUAAACUUGAGUUUGAGCCCUCAUGUUCUCGAAAAGAUUAAAAGGCUAAAGAAGCUGUCGAUUUCUUACGACGUGGAUCAAGAAUCCUUCAAGGAAUGGUCCAUGUAUCAACUUAAAAACUUGGCCUGUCUAGACGAGCUCGAGAAGUUGAAAUUUCAAGUGUUGGAUUUCGCCACGACGUCGAGGGGUCGGCUUAAGCCGUGGAAGCUGGCUUUCCCGAAAUCGCUGAAGAAGCUAACUUUGAGUGGCUGCAGGAUUCAUUGGCUGUGGCUUAAGAUCGUCGGCGCGCUUCCGAAGAUCCGAGUGCUGAAAUUGAGAAACGAUGCGUGCCGGGGCGGCGAAUGGAAGCCGUUGGAGGGACACUUUGGUGAGCUGAGGAGCUUAGAGCUUGAAAAUGUGGAUCUUGUGAGAUGGGUAGCCGAGCCGAUACACUUCCCUCGGCUUCGACGGCUUACGAUCAAGUCGUGCCCUCAGCUGAAGAUGAUUCCUCAGGGAUUGAGUAAUAUCUCUACGCUUCAAAAGAUUGAGCUAGUUGAUUGCCUUCCGCAGGCUGCUGAGAGUAUGCGCAGGUCAGGGAGUUCUGUUACUGUAUGUAAUUACUGAUGUAUAUAUAUAUAUGUAUGUGUGUGAGAUGCUCAUUUAAGACGACUGAGGGGUCGACUCACGAGCAAUUUUUACUUAAAUUACAAAUAUACUAAUACAUGUACAAUUAUUUUUUUACAUAGAGUGAAAGAACAAAAAUGUCAAAAUCUCUUACAUACC